GUGAUUAUCCAGCUCCUCGUGCUGUUCUAACUGGUCAUGACCAUGAAGUUGUCUGCGUGUCGGUCUGUGCAGAGCUGGGACUUGUUAUCAGUGGUGCUAAAGAAGGUCCUUGUCUGGUACACACAAUUACUGGAGAUUUGCUGAGAGCCCUGGAAGGAACAGAAAACUGCUUGUAUCCUCGCUUAAUUUCAGUAUCUAGUGAAGGUCACUGCAUCAUCUACUAUGAACGAGGCCGGUUUAGCAACUUCAGCAUUAACGGCAAACUCUUAGCUCAGAUGGAGAUCAAUGAUUCAACCAGGGCCAUCCUCCUGAGCAGUGAUGGACAGAACCUGGUGACAGGGGGAGACAACGGUGUAGUGGAAGUAUGGCAGGCCUGUGACUUCAAGCAGCUCUAUAUUUACCCUGGCUGUGAUGCUGGCAUAAGAGCUAUGGAUCUGUCUCAUGAUCAGAGAACUCUGAUUACAGGCAUGGCUUCUGGCAGCAUCGUAGCUUUUAAUAUAGAUUUUAACCGAUGGCAUUAUGAACAUCAGAACAGAUACUGAAGCGGAAUGAAGAACUGAAAGCCCAGGUAAAGCUGAGAGCACAAGUGCUGCAGUGAAAGGUGUAGUCUCUGGUGGAAAACCACGUCUGCAUUGACCUCCGUUGUACAUUCCAUUACACCCAGCAAUAGCUGUACAUUGUAGUCAGCAACCAUUUUACUUUGUGUGUUUUUUCACAACUGAACACCAGCUGCUGAAAAGCAAGCUUGUAUCAUGUAAAUUAUAUGAAUUAGGAGAUGUUUUGGUAAUUAUUUCAUAUAUCUUUGUUUAUUGAGGAAAGGUAGUAGGAUGCGCCGCAAGAGACUUUUGAAAAUUCUGGGGAACCUUGUGUCCAGUUGUUUCAAUGUUUAGGCUUUGAACCUAACAUGCAUCCCAUCUCCAGCCUCUUUUCAAGCUGAGAUUAAAAAAAAAAAUACGUUUGAUACUUUGUACAUCAGAUGCACAUCUUAACUUUAAAGGGAUACUUUUGUAAAAGUAAAACCUUGUAUAAAGAACAAAACUGUUUCUUAAUUUUAUUGUGGAGUUACAACUUGCAUGUACUUUAAACCUGAUGUCUUGAAGGAACAGGUGCAUUCACACAAAUCAAACUGGAGAUUUGCCUGAGGGUACAGCUUGUGUUAAAAGGUUGAAUUUGGGCGCAAACAGUAAUUUUGACAUUUCCACCAACACAUGUUUUUCUCUUUUUGAAUCUAAACUUUACCCCUCUUAAGUGGAGUUCUGCUCAUGAAGCAUUUGGAUAAAAAGCCAUCAUUUGCCAUAUUUAUACUUUAUACAAUAGAAAUUAAAUUCCUCCCUUUUAAAUUCAAAGACUAGACAGAAAGGGAGCAAAGAGGGAAGUUUAGUUGAAUGCUUUGUAAUGCUUAAUGACUCCCAAUACAGACAAAGUGCUAUACUUCUGGAUUAUUAACAUUUGGCAUACAAACCGUGGGCGAGAGAGCCCCCAGUGAUUUUUUUUCCCUUAUUUUUCCUCUGAGCAGCUUGGUUUAUUUGACAGCCUUAGCUUCAUUGUAAAGGUGACUGAGGUUAUUCUUUUCAGUUCUUCUGAAAAUCUUACCUGAAGCCACUCAGACUAAGGCACUUCAUGUUUUACAAUCCUGUAAUGAUAACUAUCGGAAUAAUUUUCUGCACAUCGUACUGAUCAAAUUACACACCCAGGGGUAUAUACACUUUAAUUCAUGUUUCUUCUUUGUAUAUUUGGUGACUGUAUUGUCAUAGAUGUACAUAUUGUGUCGGUAGGGCUAUGAGGCAUGUAACAGGAAUGUAAUUUUCUCAGAAUUUACACUCACUUGCAGUCAUUUAUUUAAAAAGAUAAUGGAUUCUUUGUAUUGGCACUUUGCACCAGAAACAUAUCAUUAUUUAUUGAUGUGAUUACUUAUUUGUUAUCCACCUUGUAUUAGUAAGUUUAGCACUGAAUUUCCUUCUUCAUUGUUGUUUGUAUUUAUAAGAUUCUGAAAUCAUGGGGAUCAACGUAAUGAUUAAGUUAUUCAUCACCCGUCUGUAAGCAAUAUCUUGAGUUUGUAGCUUAGAAUUGGGAGACUAUCGAACAUCUGGAAGACAAGUUCAUUUCAUCUUGAGAUCAUGGUGAAAUAUUUUGGAUAUAUAAAUUCCUUAAGCUAUUGUAACCAUGUUUUAUUGCAAAGAUGUAAAAUAUGCCAGAUGUGUGUGAGUUGGAAAUCAAAAAGAAAAAUAAAAUAUGCAAAG